AUGCGUUGGUCUACUCUCUUUCUGCCAUUUCUGGCCCUCGCGGCCGCUGAGGAUGGCUCGAAGGGGUGGCUGCGAUACGCCCCUGUCCCAUGCAAUCGCCAUUGCCAGCGAAAUUUGCCGUCGCACAUUGUCACCUUUAAUUCGCAUAACUCGACUCGGAGUCCGAUCGAGACUGCAGCGGAGGAGCUCCGACAGGGAUUCCACUCGAUUGUUGGGAAAGCGAUACGCACCUCGCCCAACUGCAACCUCAAGAGUUCGAUUCUGGUAGCAACCGUGGACGACUACCGUCUUUGCAAAAGCAGAAUCCCUCGCAGCCUUCCCGGCCUAGACCAAGAUGGCUUCUACAUCCAUUCCGAGGGGUCCUCAAUCACCAUUAUCGGCCAGAGCGCCCGUGGCGCCCUGUACGGGGCAUUCGAGUACCUCUCCCGCCUUGCACAGGGAGACUUUGCCUCCCUUUUAGAUUUGAAGUACACAUCGAACCCGCAUGCGCCCAUCCGCUGGGUCAACCAGUGGGACAACAUGGAUGGCAGCAUUGAGCGCGGCUACGCCGGCCCCUCGAUAUUUUUCUCCGGCGGCAGCAUCGUCGACGACCUCACCCGGGUCCGCGAAUACGCACGCCUCCUCUCCUCUGUCCGCAUCAACGCAGUCAUCGUCAACAACGUCAACGCAAACGCAACCCUCCUUUCUCCCACAAACAUGGACGGGCUGAAGCAGAUUGCCGACGCGAUGCGUCCGUACGGUGUGCAGAUUGGAAUCUCGCUAAACUUCGCCUCGCCGCAGGAUUUCGGAGGGCUGGAUACAUACGACCCGCUCGAUGAAGCGGUUAUCGCCUGGUGGGAGGAUAUCACCGACCAGCUAUACGCGCGGAUCCCCGAUCUGGCGGGGUAUCUGGUCAAGGCCAGCUCGGAGGGCCAGCCGGGGCCUGAUGCGUAUAAUCGCACCCUGGCCGAGGGCGCGAAUCUCUUUGCGCGGGCAUUGCAGCCCCACGGUGGAAUCCUCAUGUUCCGCGCCUUUGUGUACGACCACCAUAUCUCGGAAGAGAACUGGAAGAAUGACCGCGCGAAUGCAGCUGUUGAGUUCUUCAAGCCGCUCGAUGGGGAAUUCGAAGAUAAUGUUGUGAUCCAGAUCAAAUAUGGCCCGAUUGACUUUCAGGUGCGCGAGCCUGUGUCUCCGCUUUUUGCCAAUUUGCGCGACACGAAUGUCGCGAUCGAGUUGCAGGUCACGCAGGAAUACCUGGGACAGCAGGAUCAUCUUGUUUAUCUCCCGCCUUUGUGGAAGACAAUCACGGAUUUCGACCUGCGUGUUGACAACGCUUCUUCGCUGACGCGGGAUAUUGUUUCUGGACAGCACUUCAACCGUCCGCUUGGAGGAUGGGCGGCGGUGGUGAAUGUCGGAACGAAUACCUCGUGGCUCGGUAGCCACCUGGCCAUGUCGAAUCUCUACGCAUACGGGCGGAUGGCGUGGGAUCCAACGGUUGACGAAGUCGAGAUACUCGAGGACUGGACGCGGCUGACCUUCGGAAGAGACAAGGAACUCCUCAACACCAUCACCAACCUCUCCAUGGCCUCGUGGCCCGCCUACGAGAACUACUCGGGUAAUCUCGGCAUCCAGACCCUGACUGAUAUUCUAUACACACACUACGGCCCUAACCCCGCCUCGCAGGACGGAAACGGCUGGGGGCAGUGGACGCGCGCCGACCACGAUACCAUCGGCAUGGACCGCACCGCCUGGAAUGGUACAGGCUUUUCAGCACAGUAUCCUCCGCAAGUCGCCGAGAUGUACGAGGAGAUCGAGACAACGCCGGAUAACCUGCUGCUGUGGUUCCAUCACGUCCCCUACACGCACCGCCUGCACAGCGGAAAGACGGUCAUCCAGCAUUUCUACGACGCGCAUUACGCCGGUGCCGAGACCGUUGCUUCCUUCCCCAAGCAGUGGGACGCGGUCAAGCGUGUAAUCGACGAGCGGCGCUUCAGCGAGGUUCGAAGGGAGCUCGUCUACCAAGCCGGCCACGCGGUUAUCUGGCGUGAUGCAAUUACGAAAUUCUACCAUAACCUCUCGGGUAUCUCGGAUACCCGCGAUCGCGUCGGCAACCACCCCUGGCGCAUUGAGGCAGAGGAUAUGCAGCUGGAUGGGUUCGUCCCGUACACAGUUAGUCCUCCCUCGACAGCAAGCGGGGGCAUCGCCAUUGUGACGGAGACCAACUCGACAGUCGGCGUCGCACACACAACACUUGAUUUCCCGCAAGGGAAGUAUGACCUCGCCGUCAACUACUAUGAUCUCUACGGCGGUCAAGCGACCUGGAAGGUCUACAUCAACGACGCCUUGGUUGGGUCGUGGAAGGGUGUCAUGGAAGAUACAUUAGGGCACACGCCGUCGAUAUAUCUUGAUGGGCAUUCGGCGACGAGGGUCCGCUUUGCGGAUGUGAGGAUCAAGCCGGGUGAUGUGUUGCGCGUUGUUGGGGAGGCUGAUGGGGUUGAACCGGCGCCUGUGGACUAUGUUGCUUUUCUCCCUGGUGGUGUAAUUGAUUAA